GACCCAGGCGGAGCUAACGGGAUGUAUAAAGACAGGAGAAGCGUUUACCACACUCACACACAAACACACGAGAGUCAGUUUGACCUACCAGCCUGCGCUGUGUCACGGAUUACCUGCAAAACAGUUACUGAUCGCAUCGCACAGUUUUUUUGCACUUUUAGGAUUACAGACACACGGAUCUUUACACAGCCGCUGGCUGCUCAAAACGGAUGUCAGUGUGGUGGUUAGAGAUGGGAGAGGGUCCGCUCUCCCCUGUAGGAUGGUAGCCAAUAGCACAGUGGAAGGCCAUGACAAGACAGAGUUGUCAAGCUCAUCAUCCUCUUCCUCGUCCUCAUCAUUGUCAUCAUCCUCCUUGUCCUCAUCAUCACCGCUGGCUAGGCACGAGCUCGCUCUCAGCCCUCAGCGCACAGAGUCGGAGCAGCUUCAGCGUCGUGCCGCUCCAGGUCCUAACCCGAGGUCGGUGUCUGUCCCCUCUGUGUAUCUCACCCACUUCCCCACCUUCUCCAGCAAGGAGGACUGCAAGAUCAUCACGGACACAGCGUCCAAGCUCGAGCGCAGUGCCUUCUACUGGGGCCCUCUGGGAGUGGAGGACGCCCAUUGCAUGCUGCGCGACGCACCGCUGGGCAGCUUCCUCAUCCGCGACAGCCGGCAGAAAGACGUCUUCUUCACGCUGUCCUACCACGGCAGCAGCGGGCCGGUCAGUGUGCGCAUCGACUACAAGCAGCAAAAGUUCUCACUGGCGGGCAACGAGCGCUCCUUCCCGACGCUCUUUGCCCUCUUGGAGCAUUACAUCAAUUCGCCCAAGAAGAGACUGAGUGUCCCGUACAGGAAAUGGGAGCCGACGCUGCAGGAGCGGUGCAGGAAGCGCGUCAUGGAGCUGUGUGGCGGAGGAAGCCGGGUGUCAGAGCUGCCAGUCACCCAUGUUGUCCAACACUUCCUGAUGGAAUUCCCUUACAAACUAUGACCAGCUUGCCUUUUAAAGCUGUGAUGAUAUUAUUUUUAAUUUCAAGAAGGACAUUUUUACAGAGUGACAGCAAACAGGAGAACUGUUUGGUGAAAAGCUGCAAAACAUUUCACAAGAGACAUUAUCCUCACAGUCAAGUACAGGCGGUC